CAGCGAGCAACAUUGUGUUUAUACUUUCACUAGAACAAUUGGAACGUGCAGCUUUGUCAAUUCACAUCUCUGAGUAUCGUCAUGUCUUCAGUUUUGAGACUGGGAGCUGUUUUCCUAACCGCUGUGGGCCUUGUCACCGCUGUGCCCGUAGAAUUCGAGAAGAGAGCGGUGUCUGCAAGCAUCCUCGAUCAACUUGAAUUCUUCAGCCAAUACUCCGCUGCGGCUUACUGUCUUGGAAACAACAAUAGCCCCAACACAAAGCUCGCUUGCCCGCAGGGAAACUGUGCGCGAGUAGAAGCUGCCAACACAAACACUUUGACAGAGUUUGAGAACUCAAUCAAGUCCGACGUCACAGGCUUUGUCGCCACAGACACCACGAACAAGCUGAUUGUGCUCUCCUUCCGCGGCUCGAGAUCUGUUCGCAAUUGGAUCACCAACCUCAGCUUCCCUGUCGCGUCUACAAGCAUCUGCACGAACUGCAGCUCCUCCAUUGGCUUUUGGCAGUCAUGGCUUGAGGCUCAGACCAACGUAGUCGCCGCAAUCAAGAAAGCACAAGCGCAGUACCCGACCUUCAAGGUUGUGGCUACAGGACACUCGUUGGGUGGAGCUCUGGCCAGUCUCGCAGCCAGUGUGCUGCGAAACCAGGGCAUCACAGUCGAUCUGUACACUUACGGCGCGCCGAAGGUCGGGCUGCAGCCACUUGCGGACUACAUCACUAGCACCACCAAGGGCCAGAACUACCGCGUCACACACAAGUUCGAUCCCGUCCCCAAGCUGCCGCCGACGUUCUUGGGCUACCGCCACACAUCUCCUGAGUACUACAUCACCACUGGAAAUAGUGCUUCACCUGGCACAGGGGAUAUCAAUGUGUUGACCGGCUCGUUGAACUUCAAUGGCAACGAGGGUGACUUCGGAGUCGACAUCAACGCGCAUCUGUGGUACUUUGGACACAUCAGCGCAUGCGAGGGCCAGGAGGGAAUCGAGGUCCGGAGCCUGGGUGACGAGUAAAUACAUUAAUUUUUAAU